CUACUAUAUAACAAAUAAUUUGAGUUAGGAGAGUAGCCAAGAUGACGGCUGAUAUGAGAUUGAUGUUGGAUGAGCUGAUGGGACGGGAUAGGAAUCUAUCACUUGUAGAAAAAGAGAAACAGAUGGAGCACUGGUCAGAUGAAUCGGUUUGCAAGUAUUUCCUCGUUAAGUUCUGCCCACACGAUUUAUUCACAAAUACGAAGGCUGAUCUUGGACCAUGCAAAUUCGCUACACACGAUGUCAAGAUUCGUGAAACGUACACAACGAGUCAACGCUGGAAGACGAUGGGAUACGAGGACUCAUUUCUCCGCUUUCUGGAAAGUAUAGUGGAUGAUAUGGAACGGAAGAUAAAACGGCAACAUGAGCGGUUGGAACACGAUGAAAGAUACAUGAAAGCGGAACAGCAAAAGGCCGAUGAGACACGCAAUAAUCGUUUGGAGACACUCAACAAAGAAAUAGACGAAAUGCUCGAGAAGAUGGCUGAGGCAGGUUCGGUGGGAAAUGUUGAUGAAGCACAGGAGAUGAUGAAACAAGUAGAGACAAUGAGACAAGAAAGAGAGACCCUCAAAGCGACCAGAACCGAGGAUCCCCAAAAGAAAGUAUUCUUGGUGAAGCAGAAUGUUCCAUUUAUAAACGAGAUGAAGCACAUGGAGGUAUGUCCAGUGUGCGGGGCAUUUCUUGUGGUGAACGACACUCAGACCCGGGUGGACGCCCACUUGUCUGGAAAACAGCACGUAGGAUACGCUCUCAUUCGGGAUGCUAUCAAAGAGCUCAAGGAGGAGAAGGAGAAGCUGGAGAAAGAAAAAGAGGAGAAGAGACUUGCAGAAAUUGCUGCUAGAGAAAAAGAGAGAAAAGAAAGAGAAGAAGCUAAAGGGCGAGAUGAAACUCGAGCUAGAGAUGAAGCACGAGGUAGAAGUGAAGGUCGAGGUAGAGAAAAUGAUGGUGACUCCAGGCGGAGUAGUAAUCCUGAAAGCACCAGAGCAUCUAUUGAAAAAGAGCGUUCUCGCAGGGACGCCGAAAGGUAUCAGAAAUUCACAAGGAACGAUGAAGAACGGGAUAGAAAACAAAGCAGUAGCGAUAGAAGAGACCGGAGGCGGAGUGAAGACAAAUCAGAAAAGGGUAGAGAUCGCAGAAACCGUAGCGGGAGUAGAGAUAGGAGCAAGAGCAAGAGUCAUAGGAGUAGGGAUAGGAGCAAGGGCCGUGAUAGAUCUAGACGAUCAUCUAAAGAGGAGAAAAGGAAAUCAAGGGACGAAGAGGAGGUACGAAAAGAUGGAGACGGUGAAAACAAAAACGAGGAAAGCACAAAAGAGGAAGGAAAUCCUGAUGCCGCGGAGAGCAAUGAUAAAUCAGAGGAAGGGAGUAAGGAGGAUGAGGCAGCAGAUAAUGAAGUAUUCAAAGAUAAUCCUGCAGCAGUAGGGGCUGGAGAUCCUGAUGGGGGUAAAAGAGUCGACGAAAAUACUGAUGGUCUGGGUGCUUCCCAAACCGACCAACCCGAUGAUUCCAGUGAGGCGAAACCAAAGGAAGUGGAAAAACAGUCAAGGGACAGAAGAUCUCGUUCGCGAUCACGCAAACGUGACCAUUCUCGCAGAUCUCGCGACAGGUCGCGUGAGAGAACACGCAGAUCUUCGCGCGACAGAUCACGUGACAGGUCACGCAGAGACAGAUCUAGAGACAGAAGACGACGACCUCGGUCAAGAGACCGACGUAGAUCCAGAUCAGGGGAACGGAAAAGAUCAAGAUAUUAGAUCUGACUAGAAAUUUUAAGUACGAAACAGCUUAUAAACAUGUUUAUAAUAAAUGAAUUUAAUGCUUUCACAAUAUGGAUAUCAAGAGCAGUUACAUAGAUAAGCUGGCUAUAUUUAAUUUCGAAAUAUUGAAUCCGAUCUUUUUAUAUUAGCAUAUUUCGCUCCAAGCAAGGAGUUUCAAGACGCAGCGAAUUGAAGGUUUGAUACUUGCUUAUCUGCACAGAAUUGAACUUUAUUUGAAUAUCAUUCUAGCAGACUCAAAAACCGGGUUAAAAUAUGAGGUACUGGAAUAUUUAUAUCCUGGUGUGUAUCGUUUAUUUCUACAAAUGACUUAUUUGUGA